GGUGUAGGUAACAUGAACGCUACUGCUCCUACAAAUCCCUAUGCUGGUACAAACGUAGCAGGACCCCGAGAACCAUGUAGUGCUAUUCUUCCUGGACAACUGCAUCAGCCUCAAGGCUCUCUUCAAAACAAGCAACAAAUGCAGCAACAGCAUCAACACCAGCUUCCGUCCAUCCUCCCUGUUCAUCAGCAUCAGGACAACAGCACGAAUAUCCUUAGUCCUGACCCUUUCAGUCCUGGAGGAGCUAACAACUCUCGCAUCUAUGGUAACAGUCCUGGCGGUUUGGAAUCUGAAAAGAACGACGACCUGUGGGAGUGCACCGUGAAUACAGAAGCCCAUUUCUUAAGGGUUUCCGAAUUACAUCCUUGUGACGCUUUUCCUAGUAGAAUGAAGCUAGGGAAGAUGUUGUCAGGAAUGGAACUCCGUAACCUCUAAAUUUCGUGGCUCAAUUAGCCCAAGCAAACAAGGACUUAGCCAAUAUGUUACCUGGAAUGUUGGAAGAGGAGGGAUCUGGUAGUCGGGAAGUUGCUGUGGCUCCUCCUGAGACGCCUUCUUUUAAGGGUUCUGGUUAGCACCAGAUUGCUGCAUUCUUCACGGGUAACCCUGCUUGAGUUUUUUUCCAGUAGGAAAGGCGUCAGGGAUGAUCUGAAGAGUGCAAUCGCGCAGCCUCUAAGAACUCCUCUCCUCGUCGUUGCUCAAUCCAGGAGAGCAGGGAAGGUCCACGACAGUCACCCAUUUCAGCCAAUGCGACUACUCCAACAUCCACUUCUAACAAGAAUAGCCGUCUAGUUAUAGAUUAAGGGUAGGUCGUUAAAGGUGCUUUUGUUACCGUUUGUUGUGGCAGCUCUCUCCCUUAGGUGGGGACAGCCAUAACAAGCGGGAGAACCCACGAACACCAAAAACCUCCCUCUAAAUAGAAGUUCAUGGAGGCGCAGGCAGUGCAGGGACUGCAGGGACUUGUAGACCUCCUAGUCCACGACCGAUUGGAGCUGGGUCAUUUCUGAAAACGUUGAUUGCGAUGCCAGCAAGGUUGACCCCGAGAGCGUCGAAGGAGAAGUCGGCAGCGAUGGAGGAGGAAGGGAAAGAAUUAGACCUAGCCGAUCCCCUUCGUGCUGAAGGUGGUGAUGCUGCUGCUUUGUUGGACCAAGCAGAUAGUCACG